GGCGGAGAUAAAGGAGGAAAGAUUGAUAAAACGCGUAGAUAACAUUAAAUUUCUUCUCUUUCCUCACGCGUUGUUUUCUUCUCACUGACAAAGCAAAUCCUGGCUUGUCUUAUAGUAAGAGAGACAGCUAUCCGGAAAUUGCCCUUCUCUUCAAAGUCUUUUGUUCUGACUUUUUCGACAGUGUAGUUACCGCCACACUUGGCUAAAACAUUGGGCUAUCAUUUUGAUUCACUUUGCAUAUUUGGGUCUUCUUAUUUUGAUUCAUUGUACUGCUCAAAGCUAGGUCCAGUUGAAAAACUAUGAAAGAAAAUGGAGGGUAUUGGUGAGAGUAGAAUCAAUAUGCAAAAGCUUCAGUCACCACCUUCAAAUUCAAUCUCUAAUCCUCAAAGCAACUUAGAUAUACCCAUUUUCAAUGCCUCUCCAAUGGCUACUUCUUUUAUGCGUUUGAAUCCUGAGAACAAUAAUAACAAAAGACCUGGGAUACCUCCUUCACACCCCAAAAACCCUGCUGCUUCAUUGCCUUGCUCGCAGAUCAUUGGUUCUCGUCCCAAUUCUCAACAAGGGGCAUCGUCUCACUCUAGGUCUCUAUCUCAACCUACAUUCUUUUCCCUUGAUAGCUUGCCUCCAUGGAGUCCUCCCCCCUAUCGCGAGCCUUCUGUCUCGUCUCUCUCUGAUCCUGUUUCUAAUGAUGUUUCUAUGGAAGAAAGGGUUGUCAAUUCUAACGUUAGGUCCUCACUUCCUUCACCUGUUGCUAGAGGAAGUAAUGAGUUUCGUGUCGGCGAGAGUUCUAGUUUACCUCCACGUAAGGGACAUAGGCGGUCUAGCAGUGAUGUUCUACUAGGUUUUUCUGCUAUGAUUCAGUCUUCGCCUCAAUUGAUUCCAAUAGGGAGUCGUGGCAUGUUGGAUAGGUCAGUUUCAGGUAGGGAGAGUUCUGGUUUAGAGAAACCAAUUCAGUUGGUGAAACGAGAAUCAGAAUGGAGCAAGGAUGGGGUUAGUAAUGUAGAAGUGAUGGGUAAGAGAAAAUCUGAGGGGGAUAUUGCAGAUGAAUUGUUCAAUGCGUACAUGAAUUUGGAAAAUCUUGAGACAUUGAACUCUUCUGGCACUGAGGACAAGGAUUUGGAUAGCAGAGCUAGUGGCACAAAGACGUAUGGAGGUGAAAGUAGUGACAACGAAGUGGAGAGUAGAGUAAAUGGACAUCCAAUCAGUAUGCAGGGAAUGAGUUCUGGUGUUUCAAAUGAGAAGAAGGAAGCGGUCAAGUGGAGUGCUGUUGGAGAUAUUGCUCUGACUGUUCGGCAUUACAGAAGUGUUUCAAUGGAUAGUUAUGUGGAAAGUAUGCAAUAUGAUGACGAGUCACCAAAGAUUACUCCUUUGGGAAAUAGAGGGGGUCAUCAAUCUCCUGGUAGCUCAGCUGAUGCAAAUUCAAGCAAGUUCUUCUAUGAGCUUGGCAAUAGUGAGUUCAGUGAAGCUGAGCUCAAAAAGAUCAUGGAAAAUGAGAAGCUUGCUGAGAUUGCAUCCAUAGAUCCAAAACGCGCCAAAAGGAUUUUGGCUAAUCGUCAAUCAGCUGCUCGUUCCAAGGAGCGAAAGAUGCGGUACAUUGCAGAAUUAGAGCACAGGGUACAAACUUUGCAAACAGAGGCAACCACAUUGUCUGCACAGCUAACAAUGUUACAGAGAGAUUCUGCUGAUAUUAAAAGCGAGAACAACGAGUUGAAAUUUCGUCUUCAGGCCAUGGAGCAACAGGCCCAACUGAAGGAUGCACUAAAUGAAGCAUUAGCUGCCGAAGUCCGGCGACUGAAGCUAACUGCAGCAGAGUUCAGUGGAGAGGCACAUCUUUCAAACUGCAUGGCUCAGCAACUUUCAAUCAAUCAUCCAAUGUUCCAGUUACAGCCUCAGCAAUCUCAGCAGCUAAACGUUUUUCAGAUGCAGCAGCAACAUCAACAACAACAGCAGAGUGGGCGUAACCAGUUGCAGAACCAGCAACAAAAUGGUGAGCCUACUGCGAAUGAAUCUAAGUGAUGACAAGCCAAGUCCACCAUUAGCUUCUGUGCAGCCAUAUUAUCGUAUCAGAACUAGAUUUGAAAUAUCAGUGAUCAUAUGGGGGGUUCUACAUCUAUUGGAUAUAUUUGAUUUAUUCUAGUAAACUUGACCAUUAUUUUGUUCAAUGGGUGCAUUGUUGUGCCGAGGCAGUGGAGAGUUGAAGCUAAACUCUACCUCUGUUAAUUCAUUUAUCUUCUACACAAACAACCUUAAGCAUUGUCUAUAUUUGAUACUUAUAAUUUGCUUUGUCAGCAUGUAAUGACCUUGGAAUAUUAGCAUAAUUUUAGAGAUGAUAUUAGUAUUUGAAAUUGAUUCUUAUAUUUAUUCACUUUUGCUCCUUGCCAUUCAUUUACAUUAGUA